AGCAAAAAUGUUAACAAAGAAGCAGGAAAGAUAGAUUCGAAGCAAAACCUGAACGACGGUGCAGUUUAGCGUCUCUCUCUCUCUCUCUCCCUCUCAUCGCCUUAUAGUUCUAAUGGUAUCGCAGUGUCUCACAGAAUCACCCGAGCAUGGUGAGUGAGUAAAAUGCAACUCAUUUAAACUGAAAAACACAUGGAACCAUUAUAAUUGAUCAGAAUCUGAUACCGAGCAAGCAAUGACAAUCUUGAACUCGAAGAAGUUAUUUCUAAGGGUUCGUUAGAUUUUGAUGAAUGGGUCUCACUGAUUGCAGACAUUGAGAAAAUAUAUCCUGAUAAUGUGGAGAAAAUAUGCGUGGUUUACAAACAUUUCUUGUCUGAGUUCCCUUUGUGUCAUGGGUAUUGGAGGAAGUAUGCUGCACACAUGACACAGUUAAGCACCAUGGAUAAGGUUGUUGAAGUCUUUGAACAAGCUGUGUCGGCUGCAACAUAUUCGGUUGGCAUGUGGGUUGACUAUUGUAGCUUUGGUAUGUCGUCAUUUGAGGAUGCAUCUGAUAUUCGGAGGUUGUUCAAGAGAGCCAUUUCCUUUGUUGGGAAGGAUUACUUAUGUCAUACCUUGUGGGACAGGUAUAUCCAUUUUGAGUUUUCCCAGCAGCAGUGGACUUGUCUUGCACACAUUUAUAUCCAGACUCUUAAAUUUCCAACCAAAAAGUUACACCAGUAUUAUGACAGCUUUAAAAAGUUGCUAACCUUUUUGGAAGAGGGCAUAACAAGCCGGGAAAGUUCUCCAAAGGAAUCGCAAUCUGAACCAUGCCUUGAUGGUGAAAUUCCCAUGACUAUGUGUCGCGAUGAUGACGAGAUUUAUUGUGUUAUCAAAGAUAUGGUGGAUUCGCCCGUUGGAUUGACCAGUUCAACAGCCCUAAAAAAGUACAGGAUCAUUGGAGAACAGCUUUAUCAUAAUGCUUGUGAGUUGUAUUCGAAGAUUAGUUCUUUUGAGGCAAAUAUUCAAAGAUAUUACUUUGAUUUCCGGCCACUUGAUGCGAACCAGUUGCAGAAUUGGCAUGCUUAUCUGGAUUUUAUUGAACUUCACGGGGAUUUUGACUGGGCUGUGAAACUAUAUGAGAGAUGCUUGAUUGUGUGUGCUAAUUAUCCUGAUUACUGGAUGCGUUAUGCGGACUUCAUGGAAGCCAAGGGAGGAAGAGAAAUAGCAAAUUAUUCUCUAGAUCGAGCAACUGAAAUUUAUUUGAAGAGUGUGCCAGCAAUCCAUUUAUUCAACGCUAGGUUUAAGGAGCAAAUAGGAGAUGUUUUAGCUGCUCGUGCUGCAUAUAUUCAUCGUUGUAAAGAGACAGAUUCAGACUUUGUGGAGAAUGUUAUAUCAAAAGCUAAUAUGGAAAAACGUUUGGGAAAUAUGGAGUCUGCUUUCAGUAUAUACAAAGAAGCGCUUGAAAUAGCUGCAGCAGAGGAAAAACAACCUGCCCUCCCCAUUUUAUAUGUUCAUUUCUCUCGACUAAAAUUUAUGAGUACAAACGAUGUGGAUGCUGCUAGAGUUGUCUUAAUUGAUGGCAUCAGAACUUUGCCUCAAAACAAAUUGCUCCUGGAGGAAUUGAUGAAGUUCUCUAUGAUGCAUGGAGGGGCAAAACACAUUGAUGAAUUAGAUUCAAUUAUUGCAGGUGCAAUAUCUCCAAGGGCUAAUGGAUCUCAAGGUCUGAGUGCAGAAGAUGCAGAGGAUAUAUCAAACUUAUACCUUGAGUUUGUUGACUAUUGUGGAACCAUACAUGAUGUGAGGAGAGCACUGAAUCGGCACAUAAGAUUAUGUCCAGGCUCUGCGCGGAUAGAUUUACGUCAGCAAUCAAUUAAAAGUAAAAGACCACUGAAUUUGAUCAAGGACAAGAGAGAAGAGAUUUCGGUUGCCAUGCCUAAUCAAGAACCUAGAGAUCCUAGUUCUAAUUUGGAAGAUCACAUAAUUCGGUCUUAUGAUACAAAUACAGCCCGUCUUCAAACCGUGGAGUCAGAUGACAAAGUUGAAGACGAUGCAAGGGAAUUACCUCUCUUAGUUUCAGAGGAGCCAAGAGACAUAGAUACAGCCCGUCUUCAAACCAUGGAGUCAGAUGACAAAGCAGAAGACAAUGCAAGGGAUUUAUCACUUUCAGUUUCAGAGGAGCCAAGAAACAAUGAUCCUGAAAGGAAUUUGUCAUCCAUAGAUUUAGUUGGAGCGAAAGAGGAAUCUACCAAAAUUAAGAAUUUUAAAAAAGAUUGUUCUGAAUCUGACAUUUCUUCAGAAAAUUUAUUACAUCAAAUAGCCAUCGUAAAUCAACCCUCACAAGCUUUGCAAGCAUCGUCAAAUGAAAAAUCUGUUUCUUCUCAGGGAAAGUGUGAGCUGAAGACUGAAGAAUUGAAGCCACUUUCUGUGACAAGUGCGCCACUGAACACCCUGGUAAACACAUGCCCUGAUUCAGGACUAGUGGCAUCUCAGGUUGAGUGUGAGACAAUUCCAGAAAGCUGCAACUCAAAUAGUAGAGCAGUAGUGGGUGGUUAUACUGCAAAUCGGUACAAUUCUUCAAGAAGCACUCAAGAUUCCGAUUAUCCGCGAACUCAUGUUGAGAGAAACAGGCCAUAUUCAUCAUCUCAUCGAGACCAUAAUAUGAAAAGACCACUUUUACCACCCCGUUUUUCUAGAAAUGGUGGUGGAAAUAGGGAUCCAAUAAAAAAUGAUAAUAAAUUCCGUAGAGCUCCCAAAUAUGGUAACCGUGGACGUGGAGGUCCCAAAUAUGGUAAUCGUGAGUAUCCACGUAGAAAUGAGCACCAGCACCGGAGUUUAUCUCCACAACAAAUCCAUCUAGCUGAAAGGGGAGCACAAUUUCCCGUAACCCCUGGGUGUUCUCAAUCUGCCUUGCAAGUUCAGCAAUGCAAUCAGAGACAAGACCAAUUUCAAGCCACUGCUACUACUGCUGGUUUUGUGACACCUCAAAGUUGGCCGAUACAAAAUGUUCAAAUACAAAACUCUUUACCUCAGUCCCAAUUACCAGUUAGUACCACAUCAAAUGUAUUACAACAUGGCCAUGCAAUGCAAGGCAGUGAGCAAUAUGGAUAUAUGCAGAAGGGCCAAGAUUAUAAUCAGAUGUGGCAACACUAUUACUACCAGCAGCAGCAGUUGCAACUACAACAGCAUUAUAUUCAAUUGAACCAACAACCAUUCCAACCGGAAUUGUCACAACAACAUAUUCAGGCAGAACCUUUUCAACCACAACAGUUGCAACAAAUGCAAUUACAACAACAGGAUCUGCAGCAGCAUCAAUACUUUCAACAGCAGCAACCCCAGCAACCAGAGCAUCCUGUUUACCUUCAGCAGGUACAGCCGUCGAUGCAAAGCAACAUCAAUCCCGUAGAAGAUCAAGCACAGGCAAUAGUGAUGUCGCAGCAGCAGCAGCAGUUGCAACUACAGCAGCAUUAUAUUCAAUUGAAACAACAAUCAUUCCAACCAGAAUUGUCACAACAAUUUCAACAACAUAGUCAGCCAGAAUCUCUUCAACCACAACAGCUGCAACAAUUGCAGUUACAACAACAGGUUCUGCAGCAACAGCAGCCACAGCAGCAAGAGCAUAGUGCUCACCUUCAGCAGGUACAACUGGCAACACAGAGCAGCAGCAAUCCCGUAGAAGACCAAGCACAGGCAAUACUGACGCCACAGGGUCAGGAAGCAAUAUCAUCACAACAAUCAGGCGACCAUGGGUUGAUUUCUUCUCCUGUUCUGCACCAUCCUCAAGAGAAACCUACCCAAGAAGACUGACGUUUCCUUGUAGAUUUGAUAAAUUUUUAGUUGUAGAAUUCAGAAUUCACUUCCUUAUGAACAUAAUUUUUUUAGCAGUUUCCAACUAAAAGGAAAUAUAGUGUGAUACAGUAUUUUCCAGCGUA